CAAUAAUAGCGCCACCACUGGCGUGGCGAAGUAAUAAGCUAAAGCUAACACUUGAAGGUACGAUGUUAGCUGUCAAAAACCGAAUCAGAUUUAGCUCGCUAGGCAUCGCCACAGCGAGGCUGCUCUCAUCCGCUCCUACCGAGAACCCUGUCGUGUUUCUGGACAUUGAGGCGGACGGUGAGCCACUGGGGAGAAUUAUUAUCCAGCUCAAUGCAGACGUGGUGCCAAAGACUGCAGAGAACUUUCGAGCUUUGUGUACAGGAGAGCAUGGCUUUGGCUACAAGGGGUGUGUGUUCCACAGGAUCAUACCGCAGUUUAUGUGUCAGGGAGGAGAUUUUACGAAACACAAUGGCACAGGAGGGAAGUCCAUAUAUGGAAAAAACUUCAAGGAUGAAAACUUUAAGUUAAAACACACAGGAGCAGGAACUCUGUCAAUGGCCAACUCCGGUCCAAACACCAAUGGUUCCCAGUUCUUUAUCAGCACCACCAAAACCGAAUGGCUGGACGGCAAGCACGUGGUCUUCGGACAGGUCACGUCAGGUAUGGACGUCGUUACAAAAAUGGAAGCGUUCGGCUUACACGAUGGUGGUGUGAUCAAGAAAAUAGUCGUGGUGGAUUGCGGGCAAGUCAAAUAAGAUGGCCAUACAAAUGAAAGGACUUCGUCGAAGUGUUUGAAUCUUGUGUGUGGGACUCGUCCCGUUCAUCUUGAUUGUCAGCAAGUCCGAGGGCUGUCGUUUUAUGUUGGAAUCUUCCAAAUUCGCCCGCCACUUCCUGGCAACAAACGUCAGAUGUUCCCGCUCUCGGCUUUUGCCCCCCGCUGCUCUGUAACCUUCCUGGAAAACAGCCAGUGGCUUUUUUUAGACGCCACCGCUUCCUGUUCAUCCCAGCAGGAAGUGACAUCAGAUGACAUCCACGGGAGGGACAGCAAGAAUGUGUUGGCCUAAUCUGCAAAGGAAAAUGUCUUUGUGCUCAUAUGUGGGGCCUGGCAGCACUGCAGCUGAUGUUUUAUGAAAGUAAAUAAUUGAGACACCCCCUUGUCAAAUAAAAAACAUCUGCACGCUGACUUUCCACCAGUGUUUGUUUGCAUUCUCACGUUACAUGGUUGCCGUGAAGAUACUAGCACAUGUUUCCAGCUUGAAAUGUAACAAAUUUGAUAGAAAUGGGAUCUCCAGAUUGGAGUUUUUAACAUGGCUGGAGUGCAUGGAAUCUAUUGCUGAUUUGCUCUUUUAUAGCCUGUAAAUGUCCACUUCUGUCACACAUUUUUAGAACUGUAUUGAAAAAUAGCACUAGCACCGCCGUGACCCUCGAGUGGAAAAGCAAUACAGAAAAUAUAUGUGGGCUCUUGUUUACAUUUUUUGUUAAGAGCAUCCAAAAUAUAAUAUUUGUAAUAAAGUCCCGGCCAGUAUUUAUAUGACGUGUGGGAAACACUGAAUAUGAAUGUACAGUAAAUUCGAUCUGUUGUUUUCUAUUUAAUAAAUGUGUAAAAAUCUUUUUUUCUAUUUCCCAGAAACAACAUCCAUUCCAUAUUAUCAUUGUAAGGUGGUGUAUGUGGAAUACUGAUGGAGAAAAUAAUUGAAUUUAUUUAGGAAAAAAGUGGCAACACCAAUGUGUGGAAAAGU